AUGGCGUGCUUUUCCCAAAGACCGGACGAGUUCAAGCCGGAGCAUGAAACAUGGUCUGCCUACGUGGAGCGCAUGGAGCUGCUGUUUGAGGCUCAUGAUGUGGACGAUGGAAAGAAAGUUCCCGUCUUGUUGAGCUCAGUCGGCGCAGCGACGUAUGGUCUUCUACGCAACCUGGUUCAGCCUGACAAGCCAAAGGACAAAACUUUUGAUCAAGUUGUGACCAUUCUACGAGACUACUAUGAGCCAAAACCUUUGGUCAUCGCCGAGCGAUUUAGGUACCGUAAAUGUGUCCAGAAGAGCGGCCAGACAGCGACGGAAUAUGCUGCUGAGCUGCGCCAACUCGCUGCGAAGUGUGAUUUCGGGGACAGACUGGAUGAAGCUCUACGUGACGGAUUUGUCAGCGGGGUCAGUUCUGAAGCAUGCCAGUGCAAAUUGCUCUCAGAGGAUAGGCUGACUUUUGCGAGAGCUGUGGAGCUUGCGGUUAACAUGGAGACAGCCCACCGAGAUGCCCAGCAGUUGCGGACAGGUGAUGACGUCACCGCUGUUCACAAGUGCAAGUGGUGCUGGCCGGCGGCCAUACAGGGCAACUUUUGA